AUGAUCUCCCCCCCCGAUAGUAGCAUCAUUGAUGAUGUUAGUGGUAGUGAUGAAACUGAUGACAGUGUCUUUGAUGUAGUCAGUAAUCGUGAUAAAGUCGGUGUUUGCAGGAGCACCUCGAUUGAUAAUGCUGUUGAUGACAAAGUCAAAACCAACAGCAAUUUUCUUUCUUUUCACUCCUUGUUUUCUUUCUUUCUUUUCUUUGCCAUUUUCUAUCUUUCUUUCUUUCUUCCUUUUCUUUGCCAUUUUCUAUCUUUCUUCCUUCUUUCUUCCUUUUCUUUGCCAUUUUCUAUCUUUCUUUCUUUCUUUCUUUCUUUCCUUUGCCAUUUUCUUUCUUUCUUUCCUUUGCCAUUUUCUUUCUUUCUUUCUUUCUUUCCUUUGCCAUUUUCUUUCUUUUCUUUCUUUUUUCCUUUUUCUUUCUUUUUUCUUUCCUUUUUUUCUUUCUUUUCUUUCUUUCCUUUGCCAUUUUCUUUUCUUUCUUUCUUUCUUUCUUUCCUUUUUUUCUUUUCUUUCUUUCUUUCUUUCCUUUGCCAUUUUCUUUCUUUCUUUCUUUUCUUUCCUUUUUUCUUUUUUUUUUCUUUCUUUCUUUCCUUUUUCCAUUUCUUUCUUUUUUCUUUCUUUUUUUCUUUCUUUUUUCCUUUGCCAUUUUCUUUCUUUCUUUCUUUCCUUUGCCAUUUUCUUUCUUUCUUUCUUUCUUUCUUUCCUUUGCCAUUUUCUUUCUUUCUUUCUUUCUUUCCUAUUUUCUUUCUUUCUUUCUUUCCUUUGCCAUUUUCUUUCUUUCUUUCUUUCUUUAUUAACAUUUCCUUUCUUUUGUUUGCCAUUCUGUUUCUUUCUUUCUUCUCUCACUAA